AUGGUACCUCAAUCACCCUCCGCAACGACUGGUACACUACACCACGUCCCUCCCGUCUCAGCUUUCGAAAUCGGUUCUUUGUCCACCAGCACGCCAAACCUGCUACUCUGGAUCGGCGGCUUGACAGAUACAUACCACAGCGUCGACUAUGUCUACCAACUAGCCAAAUCCCUGCCCCAAACCUGGUCGCUCGCCCAAACAAACCUCAGUUCCGCAGGAAGCGGUUGGGGCAUUGCGUCCCUCUCUCAAGAUGUAAACGAGCUCUCGUCUCUAGUCCACCACUUCCGCAGCCAAGGAAAGAAGAACAUUGUGAUUAUGGGCCAUUCAACGGGUUGUCAGGAUUGCCUGCAUUACUUUGCUUCCGAAGACAAGAGAGGAGAUCGUGCAACAGUAGAUGGAGUAAUCCUCCAAGCCUCCGUCAGCGAUCGCGAAGCCAUAGCAAUGGACAUGGAUCCCAAAGAUCUGGAACACGCAAACACCAUGGCAGAAACCUGGUGUAAAGAAGGAAAAGGCGAACAUAUCCUCCCCUUGUCCCUUACAUCCAGCAAUUUCGGCAGAAACCCUGUGACUGCAAGACGUUGGGUGUCUCUGGCUUGCAAAGGAGGAGAAGACGAUUACUUCUCUUCUGAUUUGCCAGAGGAGACACUGAAGAAUACGUUUGGUAGCAUUGAUAAGCCGUUGUUGAUCUUGUAUGGUGAGGAGGAUGAGUAUGUGCCUAAGAGUGUGGAUAGGAAGGCGCUGGUCAAUAAGUGGAUUCCGUUUGUUAAGGGAAAGGUGGGUGAGCAGAGCAAGGAGCUCUUGGGUGGUGCAAGUCACAACUUGAAUGGUGAUGAUCAAGAGGUUGUUGAUGAGCUUAUCAAGAGGGUUGGUAAUUUCUUGACUAGCAUUUGA